UUUAUCUGCGAAGACAAGAGUGAAGUAUUUAUAUUUUUUUUCCGUAUUGGUGUAUAGUUUCGCCUCUGUUGUAUGUACUGCCAAUAACAUUUGAAUGACCGAUUUUUGUGUUUUCUUUAUGAGAAUGCAAAGAGAAUUGUAAGAAAUUGAUCAAUCGGUCAAGUACCUACAGAAUAAGUUGUAAUUUAAUACGACGACUUGUUAGAAUAAAAAUUGAUUAAUCAUUGCGAGCAUGCAAAGUUUAAAAAUCAAAAUGCAAAACCAAACCAGUCUCCGUUUACAGUAGUAUUCCGCUGCUGCGGAAAGAGACGCCGCGGAUGAUUACAAUGAAAAUAGCAUGGGUACAAAUACAUUCUCUUACGAUUCGUUUGGCGAUCAGCAAGCGACUAAAGAAGACACUGGUGACAUGUCAUUCUGUAUGUCCAACUAUCCCAAAGAUGCAAUGAAAAUGAUGUCGAUGAUGAGAUCUCAUCAUAUGCUGACCGAUGUUGUGCUCGAAGUACAGAAGGAAUUGUUUCACGCUCACAAGGUUAUACUGUCAGCAGCAAGCCCGUAUUUUAAGGCAAUGUUUACCGGCGGACUGAAGGAAUGUGAGAUGUCGCGUGUUAAACUGGAAGGGGUAUGUCCGUCGGCAAUGGGACGAAUUUUGUAUUUUAUGUAUUCGGGACGGAUUCGCGUCACCGAAUUGUCUGUGUGCCAAUUAUUACCCGCAGCCACAAUGUUCCAAGUUACAAACGUUAUCGACGCCUGUUGUGCAUUCCUGGAACGUCAAUUAGAUCCGACCAAUGCCAUUGGCAUCGCUAAUUUCGCCGAACAGCAUGGAUGUACUGAUUUGAAGCAGAAAGGAAACCAAUUCAUCGAACGUCACUUCACGCAAAUAUGUCAAGAGGAGGAAUUUCUUCAAUUGACUGCCAUUCAGCUGAUACAACUGAUACGAAAGGAUGAGUUAAAUGUUCAAGAGGAACGUGAAGUGUACAAUGCGGUGCUGAAAUGGGUUCGGUAUGAUGAGGACAGUCGCUAUCCGAAAAUGGAACACAUUCUGUAUGCGGUACGAUGUCAGUUUCUUACACCGAAUUUCCUGAAAGAGCAGAUGAGCAACUGUGAAGUGCUGAAGAAGGCUCCAGCUUGUCGUGAAUAUUUGGCUCGAAUUUUUAAGGAUUUAACUUUGCACAAGAAAUCUGUUGUGAAAGUGCGUACACCAAAUACACCACGGAUGAUAUUCAUUUCGGGUGGCUAUUUUCUUCAUUCGUUAGAUUUACUAGAGGGAUACAAUGUGGAUGAAAAGACGUGGACAACAUUGCCACGGUUAAGGGUACCAAGAUCGGGCUUGGGUGCAGCCUUUCUGAAGGGAACAUUUUACGCAGUUGGCGGCAGAAACAAUUCACCUGGCUCAUCGUAUGAUUCCGAUUGGGUUGAUAAAUACAAUCCGAUUACGGAACAAUGGCGACCUUGUGCACCGAUGUCAGUGCCUCGCAAUCGAGUCGGUGUUGCUGUUAUGGACGAAUUUCUAUACGCUGUUGGUGGUUCAGCUGGAUCAGAGUACCACAACACCGUUGAAUACUACGACCCGGAAGAAGAUCGUUGGACACUCAUUCAACCCAUGCAUUCCAAAAGGCUAGGUGUCGGUGUGGCAGUUGUGAACCGGCUUCUCUAUGUCAUUGGCGGAUUCGAUGGAAGGGAUCGAUUAGCGUCAGUAGAAUGUUACCAUCCAGAAAACAACGAAUGGUCAAUGGUAGCCCCAUUGAAUGUCGGCCGAAGUGGAUCGGGUGUGGCAGCGCUGAAUCAGUAUAUCUUUGUGGUCGGUGGAUUCGACGGUACAAGGCAAUUGGCAUCGGUUGAGCGAUAUGACACGGAAAAUAAUGUUUGGACUAUGGUAGCACCGAUUAAAGUGCCGCGCAGUGCCCUAUCACUAACGGUACUCGACGAAAAACUCUAUGCCAUGGGCGGCUUCGACGGUCACAAUUUCGUGGCGAUUGUGGAAGUGUACGAUUCCAAGUUGAAUAAAUGGGAGGAGGGAACACCGCUCACUUCUGGACGAUCCGGACACGCAUCGGCCGUCAUUUAUCAACCAUCAUGUGCUUCCACAUCCGUGAACGGAACCGAUAUGCCAUUUGCCAACAGUCAGGAUCCAUCGCCAUCUUCACCCGACGAACAGAUGCAAGACGGCAGUAGUUUGUCCGAAAAUUCGAUGGACGUUGAAUCAAGCGCUAGUAGUGGUUCGACAUCACAGACGUACGGGCGACAGAAUUCGUGUGUUUUUCAGAGAUUGUUCGGCUUUUUGUCGUCGUUAAACGCCUGUCAUCCGCCAGACACUCCAAUCAAUACCAUUUCCAAUAUAUCCAACAUUCAAAGUGAACUUUAUCUUGUAAAUAUUUUUAAAUUUUUAUGGACCACUGACUUAAGUAAUUUUGCGAUUGUUAAAUUCGGACACAACGUGCUAAUGAAAUUUCUGUGCAAAGUCAAAAAGAAAAAUGACUUGACAACAUCGUCGUUGCUGUCCGGACCUGUAAAUACACUAUUUAUCAAUGAUAUACAGCCUAGCUAAUCAGAAAUUUAAUUGAAACAAGUUGUUUUUAUUGCGACUUUAUUUACGUAUUACCUAAACGAUAGCAUUGAUAUUUGUUACAA